UACCAGCGGCGUAGGUGUCUUCAUAUCCCUCUCGAACUUGUCUGUAUAUUUACGCUUGCUUCCUUUCAGGAUCUUGUCGACUCGCAAGGCGCCAAGCUCACUGUAGGCUCCAGAUACAAGAUCCGCUUCGCUGAUGGUACAGAGCUUGGAGCUGGUCACCUAGGCUUGGGAUACUCCAUGAGUGCCAUCACGCUUGUCAGUCCACGCAAGAGCAAUUCCGGCGCAGUGUUCAGCUUCGCGCUCGAGACAGGUGUCACAGACAAGACCUGGAAGUCUGGAAAUGUAGGCUAUAUAGGAGGGAACUAUUCGGGGCUUGAUGGCAAGAGCGUGAAGAAAUACAUUUCGCUGUCGGCUCCUUCGGACAAGGAGGUGCUCGCGUUCUGGGCGUAUGAGGAUUCUACAGGGAAGGGUAAAUCGUAUGGUUUCAUCGCGAAGCAGAUGCCAAAUCGUAGAAUUGCGUUGUACGCUCGUGAUGAGAAGAAGCACGAGAGUGGAUUGAUAGUUGUUGGGGACAAAAUUAUCAAGGAUCGGAGCAAUCUGGGUGUCGCACUGGACUGUACUUUUGUCAAAGUAGCGUAACGUCUUUUGUAUAUAGCUCUUGCCCAAUUUUCUAUUUCUUCAUCGUGAGAGUCAAUGGCCAUUGCAGCAUAGUAGACGCC